AUGACCUUGCUCCUGCUCCUCAUCAUCCUGGCCCUGGGCUGGCCCGUGCACAGCACAUGGGACAGCUGUGGAGCCUGUGGCCUCCGUCCCUUGGCUUCUGGGGACAGCAAGACGCGUGUCGUCGGUGGCACCGAUGCAGCGCCGGGGACCUGGCCCUGGAUUGUCAGCCUCCAGGAUCCAGAAAGGCCACGCUCAAAGAUGCACAUAUGUGGAGGGUCCCUCAUCAGCUCACAGUGGGUCAUCACAGCAGCCCACUGCUUCCUUGUGGCCAGGCCCGGCACAAUCCACACGUGGCGUGUGGUGAUCGGGGCCAACCGCUUGUCUCAGCUGGGCCCUGAGGUCCAAGUGCGCCACAUCGGGCGGCUCCUGGUCCACGAGCACUAUGACAACGAAACGCAAAGCAACGACAUUGCCCUGCUGCAGCUGAACCAGCCCGUCCAGUGCAGCUCCUACAUACAGCUGGCCUGUGUGCCUGACGCCUCAGUGAGAGUGACAGAGAUGAAAACCUGUUAUGUCAGUGGUUGGGGUGCCACCACUGCCAGAUCUACAGACGUGAGCGAUGUCCUGCAGGAGGCCAAGGUCCUGCUCAUUGAUGUUACCCUCUGUAACAGCACCUGGUGGUAUAGAGGGGAAAUCCACACCCACAAUCUGUGUGCUGGCUAUGCGCAGGGUGUCAUCGACACCUGCCAGGGUGACAGUGGUGGCCCUCUUGUCUGCAAAGACAACUACUCAGACCACUUCUGGAUGGUUGGAGUGACCAGCUGGGGGAAAGGCUGUGCAAGAGUAAGACGGCCUGGGAUCUACACCUCCACACAGCACUUCUACGACUGGAUCCUGAUGCAGAUGGCACAGAACCCACCAGCAACAGAUACUCCAGCACCACAGCCAGUCGUCACCUCAACCCCCUUUGAGAGGCCAAGUCCAACACCAACACAAUCAAGCUGUCUAUUUCCAGUCCAGAAGCUGGCAGAAUUCUUCACUGCGCUGCAGGAGCUCCUGCAGUACCUAAAGGGCUUAAAGGCUUGA